AUGGGCGCUGUCUUUGAAGAAGCCAGCAACGUUGUCAUGUUUCUUAAUGAUACGGACCAAUCGACAGUUGCCAAGACUCAAAGUGACAGCAAGCUGGUUGGUCUUCAGGACCUGGUGGCAACGACCGAUGCCUCAGCCAAAACGCUCUCCGCAGAGAUUGCGGACCUGAAGUCUGAGCUGAAGACGGCCAAGACCGACAUGGAGCUGAGGCAAAACGAGUCUCAUGCCAUGAUCAGCGACCAGGUCCGGACACAGAGGCUCCUGACGCGUGCGGCUGACGUGCUGCACGGUGUCUACGGAGCAAGCCUGCUGCAGGAGAAGCCCGAAGGGCUGAAAGACUACCAACGCCAAAACUCCGUGGGCGUCAUUUCCAUGCUGCACCAGAUCAUCGGCGAUGCCAAGGUCAUGGAGACCAAAGCGAGGGCAGACCUCAAUGCGUCCCUUGCGGACUAUGAGCAGUUCAAAGCUGAUGCGCUGGCUGCCAUUGCCACAAAGGAGCAGGGUCUGGUGGACCUCGAUGUGCAGAAAUCGGAGGCGAAGUCGAACGCCUUGGAAAUGAAGAAAGAGGUCAAGAGGCUGGGUCAAGAGCUGGAGGACCUUUCAGCGAAGAAGUCUGCAUUGAAGGAGGAGUGCGAAUUCCUCGUGGCCAACUUUGAGUUGCGGCAAGAUGCCCGCUCAGAGGAAAUCGAAGCACUGCAGACAGCAAAGGCUGUGCUGAGUGGCAUGAAGACCGAUGGUGAAGUGGCAUAG